AUGGUUGUUGCUAUGCCAUCACGCUGGUUGAUGCUCCCCUUCACCAGCUUGGCUUUUCAAUGGCCACUCUGCAUCGCUACAGCUCCAAGAACCCCCGGACAAUGGACACUUGCAGCAACCGGAGACUUGAUUGGGGACGUAGUCGCUACAAAUGACACUCGCACUGCUGCUGUAUGGAACAUUACCCAGGCCGCCGACUUUGCCUUUUUCAACAUGGAAGGGCAGAUACUAAACGAGCAGACCUUCACCGGGUAUCCUGCCUCUGAGAACGGCGGUGAUAACUUCUACGGAGGCGUCGGUGGCGGUCCAUAUUACCCACCCGAACAAGCUGCCUUACUCGCCAAGUACGGUUUCAACCUUGCCUCCCACGCUAACAACCAUGCUUGGGACUUUGUCGAGGCGGGUAUGAUCAGCACCCAUGAGAACCUCGCCAAGGUGGGCAUAUCGACUUCAGGAUCCGGUGUUGGACUCGACGAAGCACGACGAGCGGUAUUUGUUACCAAGGGCAACAGGCGGCUGGCACUCGUUAGCGCAGCAGGUACGCAUACUCCUCAGUCCGUUGCUGGGCCUGGAGAUCCAGACGAGCACCUGCGGUCUCGACCUGGCGUCAGUGUUCUUCGUGCGACACCUUUCACUGUCGUCGAUGCCGCAGGAUUUGACCAGAUUCGAAACAUUGCCAAGUCUCAAGGGCAAAUCUUGGCAGGUGACGAGACUAGCAUCACGUUAUAUACUGGCCAGACUCAGAUUGCCUGGUCCAACUGGCUGCUAGGAGAACAAUCCGGAUCGUCUAUUUCAUGGGACAUCAACCCGGAGGACUACACUGGCAUCUUGAAUUCAAUCAAGGAGGCGAAGAAACAGUCCGACGCCACAAUCUUCUCGCUGCAUGCUCAUGAGUCUGAAUCAGGCGCUGCGGACUCUGAUAUCCCUCUCCCGCCCGCAUCCAGUGUACCUGCCAGUUACUCACGAAACAUCAGCCACGCCGCAAUUGAUGCUGGUGCUGAUGUGGUGUUAAUACAUGGACCGCACACUUUGAGAGGCAUUGAGGUCUACAAUUCACGCCCCAUCUUCUACGGCUUGGGGUCUCUCACUUAUAGUCUCGGGCUGUCGUUUCGUGGAUACAAUCUUCCAAUCGAGUGGGACGACGGGAUAAUCGCCGAGACCAAGUUUGAGAACGGGUCGCCGGCCGAGGUUCUCCUGCAUCCCCUUGUGCAUAACCAGUUGACAAACGAUACAUCUCUCCCAGAUCGCACCAUGCCGAAACUGGCGCCAGUGGCAGAAGCUCAGCGUAUUUUAGCGCAUCUGCAGAACACUUCGAAGCUGUUUGGAACGGAGAUCGUUGUGAAAGAUAAUGUUGGAUACAUAAAAAUUAUUUAA